AUGGAAUUCGCUUCUGUUAUAACUGUUCGCGACUGUGUGAGGACGGAGAGAGGCAACGUGGAUGCUACACCUGUAGAGCGGUUUUGCAGAUGGCAAAACAGCUCCAAAUAUGUGCUGGAGAUGUUCCCAGAAACUGUGCAGACUCGUGGCUACUGGAGCAAUACCGUUGCACUUGUAGUGAUCUUGUUGGCUUUCUUUAUACUGACGCUACUUUUUCAUGCCAUUUCGCAGUCAAGACGGUCAGAAGAGAAGAGAAGAAUAGCAAGCUGAAG